AUGCAAACUAAAUUAUUUAACCUUCUCGUCGUUCUUCUAAGCGUUCUUUGCGCGCAUGAAGUAAUUGCAUCAGGUUGCCUUCUAGGUCAACAACAAUGUGGCAGUGAAUGCUGUACCGAGGAUAAACAUUGUUCAGGUGGAUGCUGCGUUUGCAACGAUGAUAAGCUUACAAAUUGCAACGGUUACUGCGUUGACCUAAAAUCUGAUUCAAAAAACUGUGGAGGUUGUGGUAAAACUUGUGCUGAGGGUAAACAUUGUUCAGGUGGAAGCUGCGUUUGCAACGAUGAUAAGCUUACAGAUUGCAACGGUUACUGUGUUGACCUAAAAUCUGAUUCAAAAAACUGUGGAGGUUGUGGUAAAACUUGUGAUAGAAAUAAUUCCUGUUGCGAUGGUAAAUGCCAAAAUAUUCUUAACUCCGUAGAGCAUUGCGGAUGUUGUAACAACAAAUGUCCGAAUGAUAAGGACUGUCGAAGUGGAAUUUGCAUCAAGCCUCAUAAACCCACUGACUCAAAAAACUGUCAUAAUAAGAAAAAAAAGUUACAUGUAAAGCGUAUAAGUUUGAUUUAA